AUGUUUCCUUCCGCUACCAUAGUGCUUCUACUAGCACCUUGGGUUUAUGCAGCCGCACCCUUAGGCCGACGAGGACAGGAGGUGAACUCUAGUUGCAAAGCCAUUCCCGGUGACAAUGAUUGGCCAUCCCGGCAGGUGUGGAGCCAGCUAAACGACACCAUCGAUGGGCGUUUGGUGCAAGUUGUUCCUCAAGCGGCAGUAUGUCGGCCGGGAGGUUAUGGCGACAUAUCAGAAAACGAGGCUGAAUGUGCAGCGCUCAAAGAGAGUUGGGACUAUCCCAAGACAUUCUUGGACAACGCGGCAGAGAUAAUGAAUCCCUGGUAUCAGAACACAUCCUGCAGUCCAUUCUAUCUCAUCGAUCAGCCUUGUACGCUAGGUAAUUACGUCAGCUACGCCAUUCCUGUUCAUGGCCCCACCGACAUUGUUGCUGCCAUCAACUUUACGCAAGCCCACAAUGUGCGUUUGGUCAUCAAAAACACUGGUCACGAUUACCUUGGAAAGUCUACCGGAACGGGUGGUUUGUCGCUCUGGACCCAUAAUCUGAAAUCCAAAGAGAUUCUGAACUAUACCAGCAAUGAGUAUACUGGCCCUGCUAUCAAGGUUGGGGCUGGUGUCACUGGUGGUGAAGCUCUUCUCUAUGCAUCUCAAUUUGGAUACCGCCUAGUUUCCGGAGAUUGCCCGACGGUAGGUUACGCGGGAGGGUACUCGUCCGGAGGCGGUCACAGUCUGCUGAAUAGUGUGCAUGGCCUAGCGGCUGACAACGUCUUGGAGUGGGAAGUCGUCACUGCAGAUAUGAGACAUCUUACUGCAAGCCCUGUCGAGAACGAGGAUCUCUAUUGGGCGCUUUCUGGUGGUGGAGGAGGUAACCUUGCCGUGGUUCUGAGCAUGACGGCCAAGGUACACGUCGACAGCCUCAUCGGCGCCGCGACACUAAGCUUCAACGCUACCGCCAGCCCAAGCAACGGUUCUUAUGUCUCCGCAAUAGAUGCUUGGUGGAGGUUCCUCCCCAGCCUCGUCGAUGCCGGCGCAUCUCCAUCCUUCAAUCUAUUUGCUGGCAACUUCUUGGUUCAUAACACCACAGCGCCAGGUAGAUCAGCGGCGGAAAUGGCCAACUUGUAUACCCCGUACCUAAAGCGACUUGAUGCACUGCGGAUCCCCUACAACUUCGCCACGUAUGCUGCCCCGUCGUACCUCCAGCACUACAAUGCAACCGAUGGUCCUCUUCCUUAUGGCCCAUACGUGGUCUCGCAGCUCUUCAACAGUCGGCUCAUUCCUCGGGAUCUGUCCGAAAGCCCCGAAAAUCUCACUUCGGCAAUGCUAUCGAGUGUCGCAUUUGACCCAAGCGCAAGCUGGCAGAUCGGCUGCCUAGGCGUGAACGUCAAUACAACGCAUGUCGCACAUCCGAAAAAUGCCGUUGUGCCCUACUGGCGCGAUGCCAUGGCCAUUUGCCUAGAAUUCUCCAUCUACGACUGGACUAUCCCUGAAGCCACCAUGGUGGCGCGCCGCCAGGAUCUCGCCGCUGUCAUCCAUCCAGCGAUCGAGGCAGCAACCGUCGGCUCGGGCGCUUAUCUCAAUGAAGCAGACCCGCUUGUGUAUCCACCGGGCGAUACCGAGAAGUGGCAAACUGCCUUUUUUGGUACAAACUAUGAGCGAUUGAAAGAGCUGAAGCGGGCAUGGGAUCCAAAAUCGGUAUUCUAUGCGUAUGCUUCGCCUGGGUCUGAAGAUUGGAGCACUGAUGCAGAGGGCCGUCUAUGUCGAGCUUAG